AUACGGUAGAUCAUCAGAUGGCAGCGCAACGCAGCAAAGCUCUCAGAUGAAUGCAUAAGGGCAGCGCUCGACAGAUAUCAGCGCGUUUGGCCUUCAGCGCGUUUGGCUUCCAGCAAAGCAGCGUUGCCAGAUGUAGCGAAGCCUUAUCAAGGCGAUGCUGUACAGAUGUCACCAAAGGGAUGAUCAAUGCAGCAGAGAGGAGCCACCAAGAGUGAUUACUGAGGGAUGGCCUUUCUGACACUGGGUGCCUAUGGAAUUGCCUUCUGCUCCUCACAGCUUCCAUUCUCUAGCCGGCGUUCAGGUGUCCAGAUGGGAUGCAGAGAGCCUGCGCCGGCUGCCGGCAUUGGAGAGAGGACCGUUGAAGUCCAUUCUGGACGCUCUCGGCAGGAGUUCUGCAAUUGCACAGGGUUUGAGAGCUAUCAUCACAACAUAUGAGAAAAUGUUGGGUGCAGACCACCGUGUGUAUAUCGCAACUGCUGGGUAUGGGAACAGAGUGCAGGUCAAGGGUUUUCUCAAGGUUGGCAGCAAGACCCUGUUUGUCACCAGCGAGGGCAGCCCCCAGCUGCGAGAGAUCCGGCCCCUGAGCGUCCUUGACUUUUACGUGCACGAGACCUGCCAGCGCACGGGCGUUGGUCGCCUCCUCUUUGACCGCAUGCUUCUGGAAGAGUCAGCACACCCAGCCAAACUGGCAUACGACCGGCCCUCCCCAAAGCUCUUGGCUUUCCUGAGGAAGCACUUUGGGUUGUCUAAGUACAUACCGCAGACCAACAACUUUGUUGUGUUCAAUCAGUACUUUGAAAAUGGGGAGAGGGGCGGGAAGGUCAACCAGACAGACAAGGGCGCCUAUGGCUCUGGAGAGGGAUCACUGGAAAGUAGAAACGGGCUUGACAGUGCCCCAAGCAGGACUCGCUCGGGGGCCCUUUUCUCCAAACGGACUCCGGCCAAUCAGGAGGCUAGCACGGCCGCCAUAGAGAACGAGAGCAUGAGACUGAGUGGCAGGAGAAACAGUGAGGGGGUCCGAAUCUUUGGAAUAAUGGAUGAGAAUGCUAGGGGCGGGUCCGAUCGGCAAGCGGCCGGGGACGCGCCACCUAGCGCCUCACCAAUGGCAAUUGACAGUGGCUCGUGCGGACACGACCAGCAGCGCCCCCCUCUUCCAAUGCACGGCAGGCGCAGCCGGCGGGGGACGUCAGAAACAGAUAUAUUUUCGGGACAAUGUGACGCUUCUAGCGGCUUUGAGGAGCCCGUACCGCAUGGCCCGACCUUUGGAAGGCGUGCUUCUAACCAAGGCAACGCUCCAAAGAACCCGUUCUUCACAACAGCCCCCUCAGCUGUCGGCCUUCCUCCACUCGAGGCACAUUCAAACUGGACUCGGGCUGAAGCAAAUAAUCAGGAAAACUCAGGGAAACAGGGUUCCGCGACGUUGAAGCGCAGUGAAGAAGCGCGCAGCGUUGGCGCGGUUGCUUGGACGGUGAGGACGUUACAAAUGUCCGGAAAAGGCGCCGCAGAAGUGUUGGGAGCCGACAGUGGCCUUCUUGGAGAGGCAUACAAGGAUGCUUACAGGCAAGCUCUGCCAAGAUCAAGGCAGCGUGUUCAGUAACUUAUAUUGCACUUUGACCGUCUAGAGUUGUUCAAAAUCAGAGCAGCAGUUACUGCAGUUGAGGACUAUCCAACCGACCCGCGCUUACGCUGCAGCUGUUGCCGCCACUUUGCAGCCACAUCUAUGCUUCAACUUAAAAGGCGAUACGCGUG